GGCCUCAGUGGCGUCCUCAAGGUCCCCGCCCGCCCCUCAGGAAACAUGGCAUCCUUCACCAAGCACAUCUGCGCCAUCUGCGGGGACCGCUCCUAAGGCAAGCACUACGGCGUGUACAGCUGUGAGGGCUGCAAGGGCUUCUUCAAGCGGACGGUGCGCAAGGACCUGACCUACACCUGCCGCAACAACAAGGACUGCAUGAUUGACAAGCGGCAGCGGAACCGGUGCCAGUACUGCGGCUACCAGAAGUGCCUGGCCAUGGGCAUGAAGCAGGAAGCCGUGCAGGAGGAGCGGCAGCGUGGCAAGGACGAGAAUGAGGUGGAGUCAACCAGCAGCGCCAACGAGGACAUGCCGGUGGAGAGAAUCCUGGAGGCCGAGCUGGCUGUGGAGCCCAAGACCGAGACCUAUGUGGAGGCCAACGUGGGGCUGAACCCCAGCUGGCCGAACCACCCCUUCACCAACAUCUGCCAAGCAGCCGAUAAGCAGCUCUUCACCCUGGUGGAGUGGGCCAUGCGCAUCCCGCACUUCUCAGAGCUGCCCCUGGACGACCAGGUCAUCCUGCUGCAGGCAGGUUUGCCAAGCUUUUGCUCCGCCUGCCGGCUCUGCGCUCCAUUGGGCUCAAGUGCCUGGAACAUCUCUUCUUCUUCAAGCUCAUUGGGGACCUCCCAUCAACACCUUCCUCAUGGAGAUGCUGGAAGCCCCACACCAAAUGACAGUCCUGCGGGCCCAUCCUUCGAGCCUGUCGGGUCCGGCCACCCCACCUGGAUGCAGCUGCUCUUCUCAGCCUGCGCCCUGUCCCUGCCCUUCUCUGGCUGGCCUCUUUGGACUUUGGGGCACAGCCUGCAACUGCUCUGCCUAAGAGAUGUGUUGUCACCUCCUUAUUUCUGUUACUACUUGUCUGUGGCCCAGGGCUGUGGCUUUCCUGAGGCAGCAGCCUGAGUGGCAAGAACUACAGUGAGCCCAGCCAGGUGCUUCCCCACCAGGCUCUCGGGACACCCUGCCACACCCCACGGGUCUUUUCUAAAGAUAGCACUAACAUCAGCUCAUUAGCCACCUGGGCCUGUUCCCAGCUUGGCCCGGCUGGAUGAAGCGGCUUCCCCCUGGGCCCCCCUUCGCAGUGGCUGCUUCCUGGGCCACCAGGGCACCCCGGCGCCUUCAGGCAUGUUCCUCAGCUGGUCACCUCCUUGCUUUGCCUUCCGAUGGGGCUCCUGAGGCUGAGGCGUGAAGAUGCCGCAGAGCCAGGCCACCCUAGGCUUCGUCAGGUGUGUUUGGAAGCUGGCCUGCUGGGCCCCUCCACCCUAGGGCCUGUGUCAGCCUGGAAGCACACGGGCUCUGGGAAAGAUAGCCUUGACCUUCGGUGUUCCAAGUCACGGUGUUCCCCAAGAAUUCUGGGCCGGCAGCCUGCUGGCAAAGACCCUAAACCUUUCCCUGUGGGGCACCCAGGAGGGCCUGGCCGGCAUGUGCAUCCUGUGGGUGGCCGGCUGAUGUCCCCGCUGUGGUCAGGGUGUGUGACCUGGUGCCCAUCCACGCAGGUGUAUGGUGUAAACAUGUAUGUGCUGUGCAGACGUGUGUGGAGAGAGCCGCGCACCAGGGCCACGGAGAGGCGGAGCAGUUACCAAUGUUUCGUGUUUAUUUUUAAUCAAGACGUUUCCCCUGUUUUCCUAUAAAUUUGCUUAGUGUAAGCAAGUACAUAAAGGCCCUCCUUUGGUGAAAUCCGGAUUCGAAUGAAUAUCUCAAGGCAGGAGAUGCAUCUGUUUUAAGAUGCUUUGGAGCAGACAGCUUUAGCCGUUCCCAAUCCUUAGCAAUGCCUUAGCUGGGACGCAUAGCUAAUACUUUAGAGAGGAUGACGGAUACAUAAGAGAGUAACGAUAGGAGAAAAUGUCUAAAGCUUCUGGAAAGGUAAAAAAAAAAAAAUCUAUUUUUGUACAAAUGUAAUUUUAUCCCUCGUGUAUACUUGGAUGUGGCGGGGGGAGGGCUGGGACUGUUUUGUUUCUGCUUCUAGAGAUUGAUGUGAAAGCUUCCUCCGAGAGAUGCCAGGGCAGACGAUGGCAAAGGAGAGGGCCCCUGUGACAGCGGCGAGGCUUGAGAGGAAACCGCCGCCAGGGGCAUCUUCCUUGGGGACGGGAGGGUGGGCCUGAGGCUUUCAAGGGUUUUCUUCCCCUUUUGAGUAAUUUUUAAAGCCUUGCUCUGUUGUGUCCUGUGGCCAGCCUUCCUGUGACUGUGACUGAAACGGCUUCCCCAUAUGAUCGUCUGAAACGUGGUGGCGGCAGGUGCCGGGGUCUGAUGGACAGUGGCAUAGAAUUGUGGAAAAGAAACACGCAAAGGGAGAAACAUGAGAGAAGAAACAAAAUAUGAGUGUUUAAAAUACAUCGCCAUUCAGUUC